UCUAAAGUCUAUAGACUUCACUUUAUUGGAGUUGGACUGGCAUGGAAAACUGAAUUUAAGUAAAUUAUAGUUGGAACAGAGUACAGAUGUUUAAUUUAUUCUACAUAACUUCUACCUCAACUAUCUAAGUGUAUCUACCUACGUGUACAUACCAGUGGGUUAAUACCGCAGUGUGGACAGAAAAGCUUAUCGAUUCAAUCAUGAUACACUUUCGAAGAGGUAAACUGAGAUUUAUUCUCCCUGUGGCACUUCUCAUUAUUUCCAUAAGUCUUGUUCUAAGACUUCUGGACAAUCCGGAAUUACAAAUAGAAGAUAUAAUGGAAAGAUCAAUGGGAGGAGAAAAUUCAGUCAAACAGAAACCUGAUCAUCAUAAUGAUGGUCCUAGUGCUGUCAAAUGUGGUCUCGCAGAUCCAUGUCCCAAAAAUGAUUUCGCCUUUAAGAUUGCCAGUGGAGCAGCUAAUGUUGUUGGGCCACAAAUAUGCUUUGAUGGGAAAAAAAUAAUUGAAAAACAGACUAGUAAAAGUCAUCCUGGAAUAACUAUUGUUGUUAUCGAAGAAGCAACUGGUGAAUUAAUCAAAACUGGCUCUUAUAAUAUGUGGAACGGAGAUGUUAGAGAGUUGAUCAAAUUUGUGAAUUCAACCGCGAAUGGUUCUUUUGUUUUGAUGGCCAGUUAUGAUGAUCCAGCCACAAAACUUAAUGAGGAUGCACGCAAACUCAUCGCAGAAUUAGGCAGUUCAUAUAUUUCCAAUUUGAAGUUUAGAGACAACUGGGUCUUCGUGGGAGGGAAGAAGACCAUAGUCAAAGCGUAUUUUGAGCAGCACUUGAAAAAUGAAAGGUCCGCCAAUAAGUAUGAAGCUUGGCCAGAAAUGAUUGAGAUGGAAGGUUGCAUACCACGACCAGACUUGCAAGUUGUUUAGGAUUUGUCCUCCACUAAACUUACUUAUGUCAGCUUUUCAUCUUCUAAAAUACAUCAGAUAGCCUAUCUGAUGUAGUAUAUGGAUUAUUUAAAUGCACAGUGAUGUGAUAUGAUAUGUAUGCAAUACUCACUUGAAAAUAUGCUGUUUCAUUUGACUGUAUUCUGUAUUCUCAUUGGACUGUUUUGUACGUUUUGUAUUGUGUCAUUUUUAAUACAUAACUCUUGUGUUAA